AUGGUGAAUAAAAUUAACGAAUUUAAUAAUUACUUCAGGAUUAAUAGUACAUUUAUAAAUAAAAGUGACAAUGAAAAUUUUUAUGUGUGGACUUAUAAAAGUCCAAAUGUUGACCUAUAUCCUGAUUUGGUUUUUUUUAAAUGUCAAGUUCUUAAUAUAAAUGGAGAUAAUUAUGAGGUAAAAGAAAUAUCUCCUGAAACUAAUAGUGUAUAUACUGUGAAAAAGGAACAUUUAUUUAAUUGCAAUAAUAUGGUAAAUAUAAAUAGUCAUCGAUUAAAUGAUAUGGUUCAUCAAAACUCUGCAGAGGUAUUAAACACAUUAGCUUUAAGAUAUGAAAAGAAUUAUAUAUAUACUAUAGCUGAGCCAAUGCUAAUAUCGGUAAAUCCUUAUCAAGUAAUUGAUACUGAUAUGAAUGAGUAUAAGAAUAAGAACACUGAUUUAUUACCACCUCACGUGUAUACAUAUGCGAAGGAUGCAAUGCUUGAUUUUAUAAAUACAAAAAAUAGUCAAUCAAUAAUUAUAAGUGGAGAAAGUGGAUCAGGAAAAACAGAAGCGUCCAAACUUGUAAUCAAAUUUUAUUUAUCUGGUGUUAAGGAGGAUAAUGAUAUAUCAAAAACGUUAUGGGACUCGAACUUUAUACUGGAGGCGUUUGGUAAUGCAAAAACUGUAAAGAAUAACAAUUCGAGUAGAUAUGGAAAGUAUAUUAAAAUCCAACUAGAUGAAAAUCAAAAUAUUGUAUCAUCAAGUAUAGAAAUAUUUUUACUGGAAAAAAUAAGAGUAGUAUCACAGGAACCAGACGAACGAUGUUAUCACAUUUUUUAUGGAAUUCUGAAAGGAAUGAAUGAUGAAAUGAAAAAAAAGUACAAAAUAAAAUCAGAAGAAGAUUAUAAAUAUAUUUCGAAUAAAUAUAUAAACAUUCCUGAAAUUGACGACGCAAAGGAUUUUGAAAAUUUAAUGAUAUCUUUUGAUAAAAUGAAAAUGUCUGAUUUAAAAGAUGACCUUUUUCUUACUUUGUCAGGGUUGUUACUUUUGGGAAAUAUUCAAUUUAAUGGGAUCGAAAAGGAUGGUAAAUCUAACUGUAGUGAGAUUGAUGAUGAGAACUUAAAAGUAGUUAAUGAGGCUAGUGAAUUAUUAGGUAUAGAUUAUGAGAGUUUAAAAAAUAGUUUAGUAAUUACUGAAAAAAGUAUAGCUAAUCAGAAAAUUCAAAUUCCUUUAAGCAUAGAAGAGUCUUUAUCAAUAUGUAGAUCAAUAUCUAAAGAUAUAUAUAAUAAGAUAUUUGAAUACAUUACGAAAAGAAUAAAUAAUUUUUUAAAUAAUAAUAAAGAAUUAGAUAAUUUCAUAGGUAUUUUGGAUAUUUUUGGAUUUGAGAUUUUUGUUAAGAAUUCAUUAGAACAGUUGCUAAUUAAUAUAGCAAAUGAGGAGAUACAUAAUAUAUAUUUAUUUGUUGUAUAUGAAAAAGAAAGUAAUUUAUAUAAAAAGGAAGGAAUCAUAAUUGAAUCAGUAAAAUAUACAAAUAAUGAUAGUAUAAUAGAUUUAUUAAGAGGUAAAACAUCUAUUAUUUCUAUAUUGGAAGAUAAUUGUUUAGCACCUGGAAAGAAGGAAGAAUCGGUUGUAAGUGUUUAUACAAAUAAAUUUUCUAAGAAUGAGCAUUAUUCCAUAUGUAAGAAGGACAUAACUGGAAGUUUUGUAAUUAAGCAUACUGUAAGUGAUGUAACAUAUAGUAUUUCUAAUUUCAUUUCAAAAAAUAAGGACAUCCUUUCACCUAAUAUUUUGAAAUUAUUGAAGGUGUCGAAUAACAAAUUAAUUAAUAACCUUUAUGAUGAUACUGAAGUUACGGAUUCAUUAGGACGUAAAAAUUUAAUAACUUAUAAAUAUUUAGAAAAUCUCAAAAAAAUAUGUUCCUAUUUAAAGAACACAAAUAUAUAUUUUAUAAAAUGUAUUAAACCAAAUGAAACAAAAGAGAAAAAUAACUUUAAUCCCAAAAAAGUAUAUCCUCAAUUAUUUUCUUUAUCUAUUGUUGAAACAUUAAAUAUAAAAUAUUUUUUUCAGUAUAAAUAUACUUUUGCUUCUUUCUUAAGUUAUUAUCAAUAUUUGGAUAUUGCGGUUUCAAAUGACUCAAGCUUGGAUGAAAAAACUAAAGUAUCCAUGUUGUUGGAAAGAAACUUUGAAAAGGAUUCAUAUAAGGUUGGCCAUACCAUGGUAUUUUUAAAAAAGGAAGCGGUUCAUAAAAUUCGGGAUAUCAUAAAUGCCAACUUGAAAUGUUAUAGAAAUUUAUGUUGUAUAACUAGUGCACUUAUCACUAAAAUAAAGAAAAAGAGAAUGGUCGAAGAAAACAUAAAAAAUUUACAACUAGCUCAAGCAUAUUUUAGGAAAUAUAAAUAUAUUACGGAACACCAAUAA